AUGGUCGAAGGUGUACGCAAGAAUAAAGGCUUACCUGGUUGUCGAUUUAUCUGGCUGGGCUACAGACAGCCACUAGCCAUUGAGAGCCUGUUAUUGGUCGAGAAACUCUUCAGUGACCUGGUCCACACCACAGAGAGUCUCAGGAAUGCCAAGCUCGCUUCAGGAGAGACGGAAAAAGAAAGUCGAAAUGUUGAUGCUGUUCUGGAGCCAUAUAAAGCUGAAAAUGCCCGGCUAGUCAGAGAAAACAAUGAACUGCACCUUGGGCUGUUGAAACUGAGAGAGGAGAAGGAUCGGAUCAGCAGGGAGCUGAAAGCAUACAUCAGGAAACUGGACCAUGAAACUUCAGAUCUGAAAUUCCUCAAUAAUCAGUAUGUGCACACAGUCCAGUCUCUUGAGCAGGACAGCAAAGCUAAGACAGAGCGUAUCCUACAGCUCCAGGAGAAGAACAUGCACGCUGUUGUUCAGACACCAGGAGGGAAGAAACGAUCAAUCCCAUAGCGGAUGCAGAUAGAUGAACUCCUCCCACCCUCCAGUGGCUCCAUCCCUUCAUCUGAGGCACAAUCAGACAAUCUUUACAAUGCUGACCUUCCUCAGGUGGCGGAUGACAGUUGUGUAAAGAAAGAGAUUCAAUGUCAACAGCAGGAGCUAGAGAACCUGGAGGAGGUCAUCGCUACAUUAAGACGGGAAAUUGCAGAGGGAGAUCACGUGAAAGACUGUGUGAGGGAUCAGCUGCUUGAUCUUCAGGAACAGAAUGACAAGAUUGAGAGCCUGAUACACUUUCUGGAAGAAAAGAGACUUCAGGAUAAAGUUGAUGCAAUGACACAGGCUGAUAAGGAGAUGAUUCUAGAAUUGGAGCAGAUGCGUGCAAGGCAUGGGAUGUGUGGCAAGGAGAAGUCUCCAUCCCGACUAGAUGGCUUUGUGAAAAGUUUAGAGGAGGAAAGAAAUUACUACAAACAGGAGCUGGAGCGAUACCAGCUGCUUAGGGGCAGGACAGACAAAAGCCCCACCCCUAGUCCAGGCAGGGGGAGGAGCCCCGGAGGAAGAGGCAGCUGGCACGAAAAGGUUGGAGAUGACCUUUACUUCUGUGAAGCUCGAGAGGAGCUGAGACGUGUCCAAAGGGAGCUUGAGUCCUCUGAACUCCAGCACAGGAUCAGAGAUGACAGGGAACAGACUGAAGCUGAACUCCAGAGAGUUACUGCUGAGAGAAACGCACUUAGAGACAGACUCAAUGUUGCACAGAGCACAGCUCUGACAGACAGAGAACAUGAGGAGAUCAGGACUCUUGACCUGGAGAACACCAAUGAGAAGCUGGAGAGAGAGAGGGCUGGUCUGCGUGCUCAGGUGGCUAUGCUGAAGGAGAGUCAUGUUGCUGUUGAGAAAGAACUGAAGGCUCAGUCAGCAGUAGAGGCCACACAGCAGAGAGCUGAGAGCUGUGCACUCAGGCUUCUGCAGGAGCAGAUGGAGCAGUCUCUCUCAGAUGUUCAGCACAGAUUAUCUGUCAAGACCAAUGAACUGCAAGCAGCUCACCAACAGAUCGACAAACUAGAAGAGAAAAUCGGCAUCGUGGACCAGAAGACUGAGAAUAUGGUGCUGCUACAAGAGGAGAUCCACAGGAAGGAGAAAACUCUAUUUGAAGUCCGGCUUACAGUCACAGACUUGGAGAACUCUCUGGAUCAGCUGAAGGUGACGUUGAGCAGUCGAGAGAGGGAAAUCACUAGUCUGCGUAGACAGCUGGAAGUAUCACAAGAGGAGCUCUCAGCCAUCAGUCGAGACAGAGAGGUCGCCCUGAGAGAGAACUGCAGGUUACAGGAUGAUCUGGCAACCAUGACCAGAGAAAACCAGGCGGUGCAUGCAGAGAUGCAGGAAGCUCUGAAUGAGAGGGAUGAACUGAAGCUCAGGGUUCACUUGUAUAUCUCAGAAGUGGCAUGGAUAGAAAGCAUGAUGGCUUCCAAGGUGAGAAAUAGAGAGGGGAAAAUAACACAAAAAAUAAGUAAUAAAGACACCAAUGUUCACCCAGUUAAGCUGCAGCAGGCUGAGGGGCUAAACAACUCUAUCAGACUGGAGCUGCUCUCAUCUGACACUGAGCGCAGACACCUUGAGAGAGUCCCACUGCUGGACAGAGAGAUACAGCAGCACUUGAACUCUCUGCAAGCAUAUGAAGCUCAGGUGUCAUUGCUGGCAUGGGCAAUGUCUUGUUUGGAAGAGGAGGUCCAGGCGACUCGAGCUGAGAAAGCCUCACUGCUGGCAGAUCUGGCCUCUGUCAGAGAACUGUGCGUCAAACUCGACUCAUGCAAAGAGCUCAGUUUGCCAGCUAAGAGCAUGGAGCUGGAGAGAGUAAGAAGUGAACUGGAGGAUAUGCGCUCUGGCAAAAAGCAGUUGGCCAGCAAGCAGCUGACGGUACACAAUCUAGAGACACUGCUCUCAACCAAUUGACAGAUGGAGUUUCAGACGCACCUGAGUGCCAGUGACAAAGAGUCCGACCUCAAAGUGCUGAAGGACCGCCUGGCUCUUGCUGACAGCAAAACGGCUGGUCAUGCUCGAGAGGUAUCUCAGCUGCGUGGAAAACUGUCUCAGCUACAGACAGAACUGGACGUCCUCAAGAGGCAGAAAGCCACCAAGCGCUUUGAAAGGGAGAGAGCUGUGCAGGAAAUGUGAAGACAGGGCUUAUCUUUCUCUUCUCUGCGGAGCUUCCCUCUCGGCACCUCUCUCAGUCCCCGGCCCAUUUCUUCUGAGCGCUCCAUCCUCCAAUAACCAGAGCACGCCGUAGACAAAAUACCAGAAAAGUGA